GCCGCAUCAGGCAGACCCCACCAGUUAAUCAAAUUCUUGAUGAGCUUGGAGACUCGCUUCCCUAUGGGUCCCCUUCCAUCAUACCACCAUCACAUUGGAAGAUGCUCCCAAUGUACAUACAGGCGAAAACCGGGUUGUAUGUUGUACUGAUACACUACUCUUUGGACAUCCUUUCAGCUUGCCAUCGGUUCUUCCUUCCUAAGUCCCCUGUUCUUCACAACUCAUCCAUCGACUACAGCCAUGGAGUUCUCAACCGUGCUCAUUCUCAUCGCUAUACUCGCUUCCACUACCACAAUGACCCUUGGUGCCGCUAUUCGUAUCCGGAUGCAGCAGGGUCCAGUAAAGCCUGACUCGUACAUCGUUGUGCUGAAAUCCGGUGUGAAUAUGGAAGACCAUAUCGAGAGUAUUACUCGGAUAUCCGCCCGGAGCCCUGGGUCAGAAUUCUCAAUCACUCACCGGUUUGGAUUCCUGAAUGGGUACUCCGCACACGCAACCGCAGCAUCCCUUACUCGCAUUCUCAUUUCCUCGGAGGUUGACUAUGUUGAAGCUGAUGGCAUAGUUUCCGUCAACUACGAUCACCAGGAGGAUGCAAACGAUGUUUCAGUUGGAAUGGGGGAUGAUCUGGCCAGGAUCCAGGGACGUGGCCCGGCUCAGGGGGACGGGGAUGGAGCGACUAUUUUUGUCAUAGAUUCUGGAAUUUUUGUUGGACACAUCCUCUUGGCCGGCCGGUCCGUAUGGGGUGCUAGCGUUGGUGGAUGGCCCCUGGUGGAUAAAAACGGUCAUGGGACAUGUCUCGCUGGGAUUGUAGCGAGAAUCGCGCCUUCUGCCACACUUGUUGCAGUCAGGGUUACCGACGAUAACGAUGUUGCAUCCGACUCCGCCUUAAUCCUCGGCAUCAACUACGCUAGGCUCCAAUACUCAAAAUUGCCUGGUCCUGCCAUUGUAUUGGUGUCCUGGACCACUCCCCCAUGUCAAGCAUUGGAUCGUAUGAUCAGGAAAACAAUCGCAUCUGGGUUGCAUGUUGUAGUCUCUGCAGGGAAUGACGCGUCAGAUGCAAAAAAUUUCAGUCCUGGGUCUGUUGUUGAAGCUAUCAUUGUUGGUGCUGUCGACAGUUGUUACAGGAUGGCAUGGUUCUCCAACUGGGGACCUUCCAUCACUGUUUCCGCCCAGGGUGUUAAUAUUAGAAGCGCUUCUAUCAGUGGCCGGACCGCCUGGACUACCGCAAGUGGUACUAGCAUGUCAGCUGCACGCGUUGCGGGCCUGGUAGCCGCUGCAGCAGGUCGAUCUGUGACUCCUGCUGCCCUAAAAGCUGCCUUAAUAACCCAUGCCCUUCCAGCAAUUUGGCCCAAGAGAGAGGACACCACAGAUUUGGUGGCCAUGCCAUUCAGACUUGAAUGACUGCUAAUCCAUGGAAAUAGACAUACUUUGCAAUGUUUCCCCUGUUCCUACCCUUCUUGUACUCAGUCAUUUAUGUGUGUGCUAUUCAUU